AUUAGAGCUCUUAAACAUUUUUGAAUAGAAAAUGCUGCUGCCAGAGCCAAGUUGGUACUCCUUGGGGAAGUUGUACAUUAUUCUGAAAAUAGCAACAACAAAACCCUCGUCUAUAUAUUUUUUCAAUGCAAGUUGCAACUCAACAGUUACGUGGCAAGCAUAGACAAAAAAGUACAUAUAUACACACACUCACAAACUGAGGGAAGAAUAAGCAAAGAAAGCUUUUGGGAAAAAGUGUGUGUGUGUGUGAGAGAGAGAGAGGGAGAGAGAGUGUUAAUGAUGGCUAGCAAGUUUUUGUCAUUGGGAUGUAUGAGAAAUAUGGCAUGGCCAAGAUCACACUACCCUUGGAUGCCCAAGUACCCAAAGCGAAAGGCGUGUUGGUGUCGAAAGAUGACCAUGAUGAUGAGGAGGAGAAGAAGAAAAACAGCGAAGCAUCGGAGGAGGUGGAGGUGAUGAUGGCUUUGUAUUCGGUGAUAGGAAUGAAUUGCUCAGCGUGUUCUGCGUCGGUGCAGAAGGCAAUUAAGAGGCUUCCCGGAAUCAAAGACGCCGUGGUUGAUGUCUUCAACAACAGUGCCCGAGUCUUCUUUUAUCCUCCCUUUGUUGACGAGGAAACAAUUCGAGAGACCAUUGAAGAUGUUGGAUUUCAGGCCACAUUGGUAGAAAAUGAGAUGAAUGAGAAAACCAUUCAUGUUUGUCGAAUACAAAUAAAGGGCAUGACUUGCAUUUCAUGUUCUACAGUUGUUGAAUCUGCCUUGCAAGUAGUGCCCGGUGUUCAAAAAGCCCAAGUUGCAUUGGCAACAGAAAAAGCACAAGUUCAUUAUGAUCCAAAGAUUGUCAGCUACAAUCAACUAAUAGAAGCCAUAGAAGACACCGGAUUUGAAGCCAUAUUGAUUAGUACAGGGGAAGAUAAAAGCAAAAUAAUGUUAAAAAUUGAGGGAGUACAAACUGAUAAUUCGAUGAGAAUGAUUGAAAAUUCUCUUCAAGCACUUCCAGGCAUUGAGGAUAUAGACAUCGACUUUGAGCUCAAAAAAAUUUCCAUUUAUUACGAAUCAGAUUUGACAGGACCUAGAAAUUUUAUCCAAGUUAUUGAGUCUACUGGGUCAGGGAGUUUCAAAGCAAUGAUAUUCCCCGAAGAAGGAGGAAGAGAAGCUCAUAGACAAGAGAAAAUUAAGCAAUGCUACACAUCAUUUCUGUGGAGCUUGGUGUUUACAAUUCCUAUUUUCUUAACUUCAAUGGUCUUUAUGUAUAUCCCUGGACUCAAUCAUGUAUUUGAUACUGAAGUUGUGAAUAUGCUUACUGUGGGAGAGAUUUUAAAGUGGGUGUUAUCUAGCCCCGUUCAGUUCAUUAUUGGUCAACGAUUCUACGUUGGUUCUUACAAAGCAAUUUGUCGUGGUUCUGCCAACAUGGAUGUUUUGAUUGCCUUGGGAACAAAUGCAGCUUACUUCUAUUCAGUAGGUUCAGUGUUGAGAGCUGCAACUUCUCCAAAUUUUAAAUCCACAGAUUUCUUUGAGACUAGUGCAAUGCUCAUUUCAUUUAUUCUACUUGGGAAGUAUCUGGAGGUUUUGGCAAAAGGAAAGACAUCUGAGGCCAUUGCAAAGCUUAUAGACUUGACUCCUAACACAACAAUACUGUUGACCCUUGACAACGGAGGAAAUGUGGUAUGUGAAGAAGAAAUUGAUAGUCGUUUGAUACAAAAGAAUGAUGUGAUUAAAGUUAUUCCGGGUGCAAAAGUAGCUUCGGAUGGUUUUGUCAUUUGGGGACAAAGCCAUGUAAAUGAGAGCAUGAUUACAGGAGAAUCUCGGCCAGUGGCAAAGAGAAAGGGCGACACAGUGAUUGGAGGCACGGUGAAUGAGAAUGGUGUUUUACAUAUUAAGGCAACACGGGUUGGAUCAGAGAGUGCUCUUUCCCAAAUUGUUCGACUUGUUGAAUCAGCACAGAUGGCUAAAGCUCCAGUGCAGAAAUUUGCUGAUCGCAUUUCCAAAUUCUUUGUGCCUCUUGUUAUAAUUCUAUCCUUUUUCACUUUGUUUGUGUGGUUUUUAGCUGGAGAGUGCAAUGGCUAUCCGAAAUCUUGGAUACCUUCUACCAUGGAUAGCUUUCAGCUUGCAUUGCAGUUUGGCAUAUCGGUCAUGGUCAUUGCUUGCCCAUGUGCUCUAGGCUUGGCCACACCCACUGCUGUUAUGGUCGGUACUGGAGUCGGUGCUUCCCAAGGUGUCCUAAUUAAAGGCGGCCAAGCACUCGAAAGUGCACACAAGGUAAACUGCAUUGUUUUUGACAAGACUGGAACUCUUACCAUUGGCAAGCCAGUGGUUGUUAACACAUUGCUUUUGAAAAAUAUGGUACUUCGAGAAUUCUAUGAUCUGGUUGCUGCAACUGAGAAAAAUAGUGAGCAUCCUUUGGCCAAGGCCAUUGUUGAGUAUGCCAAGAAAUUCCGAGAAGAUGAAGAGAAUCAUGUUUGGGUAGAAGCCCAAGACUUCGAAUCCAUCACCGGCCAUGGAGUGAAGGCCAUUGUUCAGAACAAGAAAAUAGUUUUGGGAAACAAGAGCUUGAUGUUAGACGAAAACAUUGUCAUUCCUGUCAAUGGUAAAGAAAUGCUAGCAGAAAUUGAAGGUUUGGCUCAAACUGGGAUUCUUGUAGCUAUAGACAGGGAAGUGGUUGGAGUGAUUGCCAUUUCCGAUCCAUUAAAGCCCGGUGCCAGUGAAGUCAUUUCCAUUCUCAAGUCCAUGAAAAUCAAAAGUAUAAUGGUGACCGGUGACAAUUGGGGAACAGCCAAUUCAAUUGCUAAGGAAGUUGGAAUCGACACUGUAAUUGCAGAAGCCAAGCCUGAGCAUAAAGCGGAGCAAGUGAAAGAAUUACAGGCUUCAGGUUACAUCGUGGCAAUGGUAGGAGAUGGAAUCAAUGACUCGCCAGCGCUCGUAGCUGCAAAUGUUGGAAUGGCAAUUGGAGCUGGAACAGACAUUGCUAUUGAAGCAGCUGACAUUGUCCUAAUGAAGAGCAACUUGGAGGAUGUGAUAAUUGCCAUUGACCUUUCCAGGAAAACGUUUUCCCGUAUACGUCUCAACUACAUUUGGGCUCUGGGUUACAAUCUCCUUAGCAUCCCAAUUGCUGCUGGAGUCCUUUACCCGUCAACUAGAUUUCAAUUACCACCAUGGAUUGCUGGAGGUGCAAUGGCUGCCUCUUCGGUUAGUGUUGUUUGUUGCUCUCUCUUGCUGAAGUAUUACAAAAGACCCAAAAGUCUCAACAACCUUGAGAUAACAGAAAUAACAGUCGAGUGAAAGAAUUAUGAUGGUGUUAAAUUCAGCAGUGUGUAUAAUCUAUGUCAUGCUAAAGUUUGCUUGGAAUAAAUUUUGAACAAUGUCAUUUUUAUCCUACACUACUCCA